CCUGUCACUGUGUUCAAUCCUUCCCUCCCUUGCCACACACAGAUAUAACACGCAUGGAGGCGGACAGCGAAUUCUGACAGAGCCACGAGAAGAUAAUGGCAGCGGCGGAGUUAUCUGUGCCUGACUUGCACGCGGUAUUCUGAAACGUUAUUGAUUGUGCCGCCGGACAGAAAGAUGACCAGAUAACGGCGAGAAGAGAAUAUGAAAGGAAUGAAGAUACAAUGAGAAUUGGAGGAAUGAGCAGUGGGAUCAGUCGGGAAGGGACAAUGGCAUCUAAAUUCGACUGAGCGGACUGGAAUUAAAGGGAAUUGUUUAUACAGAGCAGAUAUUAUUCUGCCCAUCAUAUGCAACUGUAUUAAAUUUGAUUUGGUCUGUGCCACGGAUUGCCUCGGGCCCCGUGAUCAACAAACGCGUGAAGGGCCAGGGAAAUAUUUUAAUUAGCCUCUCCACGCGCUCGUCUGCUCCUUAAUGGGGAAAAUAGUGGCGUGGGAAAACUUUCCACACGAGGGAAGGACUGAACGGGGCGGUAUUUCAACAAGACUGUUUUGCCUUGUUCCGUUGUGGACGACACACAGUCAGAUAUACAGACAUUGAUUCAAUUAGUGAAGUUCUAAGGAAAUCCAAUAGAACAAUUUUGAUUAAAGUGUAACUGUGAACUGUGACUACCAAAGGAAUAUUGACAGAGAGGGCUGAGUGCGUCUGGAUAGCCUCUGCUUACGCGUGCCAUAACACUGCACAUUGUGAAUUCAAACGCACUCAAUUUCCAUUGCAUCGACGACACAUCCACAAGUAUUGCACUAGUUUUGUACUUUUGUUGGAGCUAAUCCCCAGAAAUUGGAGACGCAGCGGUGAAGAUUCCGGAGUGAGAACUCAGGAAAGAACGAGGCUCCAUCCAGGGGAAUACUUGCGAAUAGGCCUUUUCGCUUUAAGAGCAACGUGCUUUUUUGGAUUGUGGUGAAUGAGCAGUGCUCCUCUUUUGAGCUUCGAAAUAGUCUCUGACCGAACAGUAUUUGCACAGUCACCUCUGCACGCCAUGCCAAGCAAUAGUUCCUCGGCCGAAUUUUUUCCGAGACCAAAACAAGUCGAGCGGAGGUUUAUUUUGGGAAGACAGGAUGAAAUUCUGCACACUCUGUAAACAAAGUGCCAACGCGUGAAGUUUGAAGCAUUCUUUUUCACCGGUAUGUGUUGAAUGGAGCGCGUAUACGGAUGGGACUAAAUUGACACAUUUUUACGAUUCGUAGUUAUCUUUUUGUCUGCAUUAAUACUAGGACAUGCCCCAUUUUGCCCCAAGAUGUCGAUGGGAAUGCCAGUUGAAUUUGGAAAAUGUCAAAACGUUGUGGUCGUAAACUCAAAAAAAGGAUAAGAGAUAGGUACAAAUGAAUGAAAAGGCUUAAUCGUAUUUUUGUUACACAAGAGUAAGUCUUAAACCCUUACCCAUUUAACAUUCUUUACACAACGUAGUACUUCACAGUGUUAUGUAAUACUCUGACCCGCACCGGCAUUCUUUCCAAUGAGGGAAACAGAGUGUGAAGAAUUGGCCUGGGGUAGACAAGGCACUGGGUGAACCAACGUGCGUCAAAACAGACCGAGAAGGCAGGAGUUUGAGGUAAAACAAAACAACAAAAAAUGCUGACGUCAUGAGGUAAAACAAAACAACAAAAAAUCUACGAGCGGUCUCCAUGCAAUACUACACCGUUAAUUUAGCCGAAUUUCCAGGAGAGGACUUUCGUCAAUUUAAUGUUUUAUUUUAUUUUUUACAGAAUUUUUACUUUUCCACGAAUUCUAGUAGAGUAACAUACUGUGGCAAACAUUGCCUUGCUUCUCCGGCUGCCUUUCUUCAAAAUUGCCAUUAAGUCCUUCAUCAUAGUCUAAUCUUGCUUAAAUUAAAAAGCAACAUGGCGUCUCCCCAACAUCAGCAACUGCUCCCUCACAACACAGAGGUGAGCUGUGACUCAAGCGGGGAAGGGGGCGUCUCCGUGCGGAUAAGCAGCAGCAGUGUGAAGCACAAGCACGGCGCAGGGGCUCUGGGGUCAGUGGGGACCGGGUUCAUAGGGGGGUCCAAGCACUGCAAGUACAGCAUUUCCUCCAGCUGUAGCUCAGGGGAGUCCGGGGUCCGGAAGCCUGCGUCGAAGGGGGUCCGCUCCCAGAGGAGGAUACCCCAGCUGUUUGAGAGGUCCGCGGGCCACUUCUGGGACCCCAAGUUCGACUCUCCGAUCCUGGAGGAGGCGUGCAGGGAGCGCUGCUUCCCCCAGACCCAGCGGAGGUUCCGCUACGUGCUGUUCUACUUGGCCAUCACCGGCACCCUCUGGGGGAGCUACUUCGCUGCCAACCCUGCUCGGUGCGACCGGACAGCCUUCCUGGCUCCCACGGCCUCCUUCCUCCUCUUCCUCCUCCUCCUCUUCCUCUUGACCUUCACCCGCCUCUACGCCCGGUGCUACAACCAGGCCUCUCUGCUGCUCAUCGUGGUGACCUUUGCCCUCACCCUUACGCCCCAAAUCCAAACCUCCGGCUUCAGGGACCAGGGGAGUUGGCACGUCGAGGACGAGGAGGAGUUCAGCGGCAUGUGGCCCUGGUCCAACCACAGCUACGCCCCCUCCCCGGGUCACCCCUUGCCCCCUUGCCUCUCCCCCGUGGGGACCUUCUCCCUGUGCAUAGAGGUGCUCCUCCUGCUCUACAGCGUCCUCCACGUCCGCCUCUACGCCUCCGUCCUGCUGGGCCUGCUGUACUCCAUCCUGUUCGAGGGGCUGGGCUGGCUGCACCUCGCCCGGGCGGAGCGGGGCUCCGACGGGGACUGGGACACCCUGGUCUGGCUGGGGCCGGCCAAGGCCCUGCUCCACCUGUGCGCCCACGCCAUCGGCAUCCACCUCUUCGUCAUGUCCGAGGUGCGCUCCCGCAGCACGUUCCUCAAGGUGGGCCAGGCCAUCAUGCACGGGAAGGACCUGGAGGUGGAGAAGGCCCUGAAGGAGCGGAUGAUCCACUCGGUCAUGCCCCGCCGAGUGGCGGACGAGCUGAUGAAGCAGGGCGACGAGGAGGGCGGCGAGGGCUCGGUGAAGCGCUACUCCAGCGGCGGGGCGGCCGCCGUCAUCUCCAGCCCCAAGAGCAACAAGCGCAAGAAGACCUCCAUCCCCCGGGGCCAGAUCAUCUUCCGGCCCUUCAACAUGAAACGCAUGGAGCCCGUCAGCAUCCUGUUCGCCGACAUCGUGGGCUUCACCAAGAUGUCGGCCAACAAGUCGGCGCACGCCCUGGUGGGCCUCCUCAACGACCUCUUCGGCCGCUUCGACCGGCUCUGCGAGAUCACCUGCUGCGAGAAGAUCAGCACGCUGGGCGACUGCUACUACUGCGUAGCGGGCUGCCCGGAGCCCCGCCCCGACCACGCCUACUGCUGCGUGGAGAUGGGCCUGGGCAUGAUCCAGGCCAUCGAGCAGUUCUGCCAGGAGAAGAGGGAGAUGGUGAACAUGCGCGUGGGCGUCCACACGGGCACGGUGCUCUGCGGCAUCCUGGGGAUGAAGCGCUUCAAGUUCGACGUGUGGUCCAACGACGUCAACCUGGCCAACCUGAUGGAGCAGCUGGGCGUGGCCGGGAAGGUGCACCUGUCGGCCGCCACAGCCAACUUCCUGGACGGGCGCUACCUGAGGGAGGACGGGCGCGUCACGGAGAGAGUGGGGCAGAGCGUGGUGGUGGACCAGCUGAAAGGUAGGCACAGUUCAGCG